AUGAUUUCUUCAAUGAUGGGAGUCAAAAGUGAGGAUUGCAAAAAAAGGUGGAGGCAACUCCGGGACAGCUUUGUCAGGCAUAAAAAAAACAAGCUAACAAGUGGAUCUGGAGGAGGAACCACAAAAGAGUGGAAGUGGGAGAAGGAAAUAUCUUUCAUUCUCCUUCAAUUGUCAUUGAGAAGCACACAGGCUUCACUGGAAGGAGUGGAAGAGGAUGAGGACCAGGAGGAAGAAGAACCACAGAUCUGCGACCUACACACGGAUAGAGUUAAAAGCCCAUCAGUGUCAGAGUAA